CAUAGCAGUUUUGAAUUAAUUUUCAAUUGUGAAACUUAACCGUAAAAUCGAGAAAAAAAAGAUGAAACUUGUGAUUGUUAUCUUGUCAGUUAUUUUUAUGCAGGCAUUUGCACUCCCUGCAGUCGAGAUUGUAAGAGUAUCCGAACAUGUACCGAAAAACGAUGUUGUCGAACAAUUCCGAACAGAUCUCGAUUAUUGGUUUGCAUUUGCACUCCCUGCAGUCGAGAUUGUAAGAGUAUCCGAACAUGUACCGAAAAACGAUGUUGUCGAACAAUUCCGAACAGAUCUCGAUUAUUGGUUUGUCAGAUAUCAAAACUUCUACGACAGAGCUAAUGCAGCUAUGAGAGAUUAUCGUUUUGCACAUGUUGAUUUAGUGACAAGAGUCUACAAUGAUAUGAUGGAAGUUUUCGGUGAUGACAUUGAAGCAAUUCGUCAAACUGCUUAUGAUUUGAAUGAUGUGAUUGCUGAACGUCAAGCUCAACUUGGAGCAGACAACGCUUGUCUUCAAGGUGUCAUGGAAGAAAUGAGCGAACUCUCAGCUCGUUCUGGUUCAAACAUUCAAUCUUGCGCUCUUUACGCCAACAGCACACUUGAAAAUAUGUUGAACAACGUGUUCUAUCCAACAUUUAUUGGCAUUCAAGGAACCAUUUCAACCGUCAAUAUUGCUGUUGUCGACGCUCUUUCAAGAGGAAACGUUUUACAAGACGAAGAAGCAAUUCUCGAGUUUUUGGAAGGUGGUUAUCGGAUUUAUGAACGUCAAUGGAUCACUGCUGUGUCUCAAUUACUCCGAUGGGAAACAAACCGAUUCCAAACUGAUGGCCUCUUCUUGGUUGAUGAGAUGAGAAUUUGUUUGUCAGGUGCUGUUGUUUCCUACAUCGUAGAGGCUGCUCGGCUUACGACUGCAGUUCAAGCAUGCUAG